AUGGGAUCGAUAGACAUCAAAUCUGUCGGGGCCUCGUCGCCACUAUGCCAUAUUGUCACCCCGACAGGAAUGCUCGGAUAUGGCUUGAACCAAGACCAGGUUGAUCAGGCGCUCGAAGAAUGCGUCUGCACUGGUGCUCCCACUGCAAUCAUACUCGACUCAGGUUCGACAGAUGGUGGACCCAGCGUCCUUGCACUAGGCACCAUGACAUGCCCAAGAUCCAACUACAAACGAGAUCUGCGCAAACUUCUGUCUUCUGGUCAUCGUUUCAAGGCGCCUGUCUUGAUUAGUUCUGCCGGCGGAAGUGGCAGCGAUGAGAACGUAGAGGAAAUUGUUCAAAUGUGCGAAGAGAUUGCAGAAGAGCCUGGAAAUAGUGCGUACAAUUUCACCACAAUUGCAAUCUUUGCGGGGAUAUCCAAAGCACUUGUGACCCAACGGCUGGCAAAAGGUGUCAUCACAGGUUGCGGACCAGCCGUGCCUCCCAUGACACAAGCUGAUAUCGAUGAUUGUCCACGAAUUGUGGCACAAAUGGGUCCGGAACCGUUUGUGGAAGCCAUGGAGGCACAGCCGGAUUUCAAUCUGCUCAUCGGUGGCAGGGCCUACGACCCUUCACCGUUUGUAGCGUUUGCCACAUUUUGCUUCCGACAGUUGCUUCCCAAGAACGACAAAGCCUUUUCCAGUAACAUCCUUGGAAGCUUCAUGCACAUGGGCAAGAUACUGGAAUGCGGAGGCAGUUGUGCCAAACCGAAGUCGUCAGGUGCGAUGGCGACCAUAUAUCAGGACGGCACGUAUGACAUCCGUCCUCUUGCUCCCAACAGCAGAUGCACGCCGCUGUCAGUCGCUGCGCACACCUUGUAUGAAAAGUCGAGACCGGAUAUAUUGAGUGGCCCCGGUGGUUACUUCGAUGUGACACAGACACAGUACGAGCAGCUGGGAGAUAAUCGCACCGUCAGAGUCCGGGAUGAUCGUUUCCAAACAUCGGCCGCACAAGGAGUACCCUAUCAGGUCAAGUUGGAAGCGGCCAAGAUGGUUGGGUUUCGAAGCAUGUACAUCGGUAGUAUGAGAGAUCCGAUCCUUAUCCGACAGAUUGAUGAAUUCCUGAUGAUGGUCAAAGAGUAUGUUCGCCAACAGCAAUCGGAUGCUCAGGGCGCGUGGAAGCUGGAAUUCCACAAAUACGGCGGUAAAGACGCAGAGGAGCUGGUUUUGAUUGGUGAGGCAUUGGCGGAUACUCAGGCCCUUGCAACUGCCGUCGCAGACACAGCAAGAGUUGCCACUAUUCAUGGGGCCUAUGCUGGGCAGAAAGCAACAAGUGGCAAUUUUGCGUUCGGGAUUUGCGGAACGAAGAAUGUUGAGCUAGGUCCCUGUACAGAGUUCUGCAUUUACCACUUGAUGAGCCUUGAACCUGGUGAAGAGUCAGCAUUUGAGAGGCCUGGCCAAGCCGACGGGCAUGAGCGUAAUGCGGUAUCCGAUUCGCGGAAAGGCAUCUUCCAAUGGCGAACACAUAAGAUCGGCCAAGGUGUUCCAGAAGCAACAGACAGAGUCGCUGUGCGUAACGAUAACAAGCAUGACCAACACGCCAACAGCGCGAAGGCGGUCUCGACGAGCCGGAUGCCAAUGCCACAACCGCUCUUGCCGCUGUCCGGUCCGCUACGCGUGGUUGAUGCGGCGAGUGUGCUAUGUUCGAAAAAUUCAGGACCAUACGAGAUCACAUUUGAUGUGAUGUUUGAUGAUCCUGAGAUCUACCGCGUGGUCAAAGAAUCUGGUGUUUUGAAUUGCACGGUGAUUGAAGGACUGUGCAACCUGAAACCUGGGGAGAUGAUUUGGUGCGGAUGGUUCGAUCAAGCACUUGCAUUCAAAGCGACCAUUCCACGGAAGCGGGCGGGUCAACUUGUUGCUGCUGGCGGUUUCCUUGAGAACGAUGUUCAUGGAUCGCAGCAAUAUAUUCCUCUAAUAGGGCUGACGUUUUCAGAGAAAGUAGCUGCAAGCUUGCGCGAGAUUGAGGCGACCAGGGGAUAG